AUGGCGGACGGAAGAAUUUUACCGAUCGUCAAAGAAAAUACGUCGAAAAAAGGAAAACAUAACAAGCGGAUCGGAUUCAAAAGCAUUCAUAAGCCUUUGGUGCUCCCUAGUUUGGAACUUAGCACGGUCGAUGUGCAGUUGGUGAGCAGUUUGUUCUCCCACAAGCAGAUUUGCAAGAAGGUCUGUGAAUGGUUUACAAGUUGGAGGUCUUGGCAGCAAAGGAUUUUACUGUGUGGUGUAUCCGACAAAUGUACCAAAAGUCAGCUACAGGCGUUAGUGACGACUCUCGAGCCGGUUUUUCACCGAGAUUUCACGACAAGUCUCAAAGGAAGGUAUCCAACAACUCUUAUCAAAGCGGGGCUAGUUCGGACUGCGCCAAAUAUUCCGGCUAGCUUUUCCAAGGACGAACUAAUGAUCGUGCUGCAGCCUAAACGAACGCAAGAAUUACACGAACCUCGGGUUGAUUCGUCGAAAACAGUUGCAGAAGAUAUCGAGAGGUUCAAUAGCGGGGGUGUGGAUUCUUUGCAAAUUGACCGUGAGUCGGACGAUUUACAACAGAGUUUACAGGCCGUAAAUAUUGUACAUGUAGAUGAAGAGGAGUCUCUGAAAGACGCAGAUUCUCCGUCUUUUUUCCGUGAGGAUACAAUGUUGUCGGCAUCAGCUCAUACUGUUCAACAAGCGCUCGACAUGGAGGAAAAUACCCGACACGAGCACGCUCCGCCGUUUAUUCGGAGAGUUAGCACGCCACAUUUUUUCCCCCAAUUUGAUCAUCAACAGUUGGGGUUAAUGAAAACUGCUCUCAGAACUGGUGAUACUGAUAAACUUUAUGGGAGUGCACCAGUUACAUUCAAACACGAUAAGUGGUGGGAAGGACACAAAGGAGGACGCCUUAUAAAGCCCCGCAGAAGUAAACUGUCUAAACACUUCAAGGAACAAAUUGCUCAAAUUCACCAGGUAGUACACAUCUAGGGGGAGUUACUUUAGUAAUGUUUGGGUAGGGAUGUACUGCUGGGACCCAAGAACCCUAAGCCAAUAUUUUUCCAAGUUUGGCUUAAGUUUGCUCCUCUUAUUGAGACUGAACUCCAAAAAUCUCUCCCUAUAUGUAUGCUACAGUCACUGUUUUCCAGAAAUUACUAAGAUCAAUGCCUUCUUUGCUAUUACCGGUAAACUGAGUUAUGGGUGAUUUGCUUAUUUCGCUUUCUUAGUGUCAGUUCCCAGUUUCCUUAGUCUAAAAUUUUCAGCCAAUUGAUCAGUUUCCUGUAAAAUGGUACCCUAUUCUGGACCUAAAAUUACUGAUUUUUGUACUCUAUCCCCCUCUAUCUAACCCCCUCCCCUCCCAUGGAAGGGGAGUGGACUCCCAAAGUCAAAUGUUUAAAGUAUGCAGAAUUUCAAACAAUAUUGUUCAUACAAGAAAGCUGGGUAAGCUGGGUUACCAUUUUAUACAAGUUGGUGUGAUGGUAAAUAAAAGGCAUGACAAUAGCAUACAUGUAUUUUGAUAGCAUUAGAAAAUCAUAAUCUGUGUAUAAAAGAAAUAUUCCAUGUAAUUAAAUUACUAUUUCAUUCAUGAUUAGUGGCUGGAUGAUUGGCAGACACAUGAGAGAGUGGAGCUUCUCUCUGAAGUAGUGAAGUGCUGUAACGAUGAAUGCCUUAAUUUCUUUGCUCAGUGUCUAUCACAAAGGUACAUGCACCAGUAUAUACUUAAUCCAAAUAAGGCUGCUUUGGCAAUUGGUCAUUGGCAAUUGGGUUUAGCCUGUGUCAUAUUAAAAACUCAGUUUAACCCCAGUCACAGAGGUCUGUAAAGCAGCACUGAUAUCCUAAUGUUCUGGGCCCCCAAUGGAUGCAACAAAUUAUCAGAAAGAUGUUUCAAAUUUCCCUUCCACCAGAUUAAUUAAUGGACAGUGGUAUUUAAAACAGGCCAAUCAUGGCACAUACUCAAAUCCUGGUACACAUGUGGGGGAGUAGAAACAAGGAUUUUUGCACUGUUUUGCAGACGGACUUAACUAGAAGUUUAGUCCUGUCCUUGGCACAGACCAUUGGGUGGUGGGCAUAGAGAACUCACUGCAACAAUAGUUUCCCAGUGAGCAAUUCCAAUGGAAGCCCAAAUAAACCCCUUUUUGAGUCAACUAUAAUAUGUUAUUGCAGUUUUCUUUCAUGUGAAUUAAUUCCAUGAUUCAUGAUACAGCAGAGGUAAAGAUACUGGUGUACUGGUGGUAACUUGUAGAGACAGUCAUAUGACCAAGUGAAUUGUUUUACAUUGAUAAGUUUAUACAAGAUUUUAUUAUCGAGAGGAGAGGAGCUCUGAUAUAUAAAUUGAUUUCUCACCUGAAUUUGAAUCCCAGAGUGGCUGCUGUCAAGCUUCCCUGUGGUUCUUUUGGUCCAAAUCUGUUUAAAAAUGUAAUAUUGAUUAAAAAAUAAUAUAAAUAAUAAAAUGAUAUUGAUCAAAAACAAGUAAAAAACAAUGCAGGCAAGAAAGAACAUGACGUUUCGGUGUCAUCUUGAUGUCAUUUUCAAGUUCAAAAUGCUUGAUAAACUGUCAAAAAAGUUUUUCUGGCUGAUGAUUAGCAUAUAUGAAAUAUGCAAAAGUUACGCAAAAAGUUUUGCUCGAAUUGAGUCUGGUUGCACAUUUAGAGAGGGUGUUAGUUCCCUAAUGGCGUCAAGAUGACACUGAAACGUCAUUCUUUCUUGCCCGCAUUGUUUUUUACUUAUUUUUGUAUUACUAUACCUUUGCUUAGUAAGAAUAUUGAUUAAGUACUAAAAAAAUCUGCCAACUUCUGUCCAUUACUGCAAGAGUGAAAAUUUGUAAGAAAAAUUUGGGAAAAUUAUCAGGGAGGUAAGUCCUCAUUUUUAGACCGCUGAUAAUGAUAGUUUCUUCAAACUUUUUCAGGCUCAGAGAUCGAACAGAUUUAAACUGUGUCCCAGACCACAUUUUGCUUAACAUAUUCUCAUACCUAAAUGUCAGAAGUUUAUGUCAAAGUUCUCAGGUAAAGUUGACCUUGUACACAUAAUUUGUCCAUUGAUUGUAGUUGCCAUUAGAGUGUUAAAAUGUUUGUGCCUCCAGUAGUAGAUGCCCAAAAGUGAAGGUAUAGUGACAGAGCAGCUGGCACCUUGAGGUUGUCCAAUAAACCAACAAGUUUAUGCAUGAAAUUGUAUGCAGUAUUGUCUUCACAUUACAGUACUGUACAAAAGCACAACAGUAAAGAACGAAGCAAAAAAAGAAAAAUUUAACAAAGCCGAGCAUAAAUUAUUUGUGAGAGUAUUAGACAAGUAUGGGCAUCUCGUACUUGGGAUCUGGGUUCAAGCCUUGCCAUUGCAUUGCUUCCUUUUUAAAAAAAAUACUUGUUUCAAUUUGCCUUACAAGUUUAUCCAGGUGUAUAAAUGGGUGCUGGCAAUAUACAUGUACAUGUAUAGCUGCCACAAGAACCCUGGGAUAGACUACAUGUAGCGUUCCAUCGGUGCUUCAUGAGACUGAAAUUGAUGUGGAAAAGCUCUGUGUGGGCCGCAUUGUCUUGUUUCACUUAACAAUAAAUUUUUACACACCCAAGAAAUAGACAUUCACUUACAGUGUAUGAUUUUGGCCACUUCUGAAAGUACAAAAUAAAGUUCAGUCGGUGAGGUUGACUGAAGAACCACGCAACUUACAACUUUUCAACUGGUUUCAAAAUGCAUAGAUUAUAAAAUAAUCAUCGAGCAUUGGCUGCAUCAGAUCUCUUUUCAAUGUUAGUAAAAUACUUACAUUGGAUUUUAUUUACAUUAGAUUUAGAAGAAACUUGUCAUAAACAAGAAAGUUUGCUUUGACUUAACUGUGUGCAAUUCUUAAUAAUAUAAUUUGUGAAAAGUGAAUUUAUUUUUAUUUGUUUUCAGGUUUGUUAUAGGUGGAGGUUUUUAGCAAAUAACAGCAGGCUUUGGAAGAACAAAAUUGCUGCCUUAGGUGAGCUAAUCUACUUGUUAAAUAAUAGUGCUAUGGCUAUGGAUGAGAGCUGGAGUUGCUAAAAAUAAAUGGGAAAAUACAACUACAGUUGUGUGUACUCAUAUGUAAAACGCCCAAGGCAAACCUAUGUUAAUUGAUUAAGAGGUCAGUUUUGGAGAAUGGCCUACUGACCGCUAAAUACAGUUUGACCAUUUGACCAACACGAGACUGCUCAAAUAGAGAUUCACUACUUAGUACUAGUUUGCUUUAAUUAUUAAUACAAGUUUAGCUGCAGGAGCUCUUAGAAUCUUUUAGCAAGUGUUGGUGUGUUUCAGAUUGAAAUGGCAAUUAACGUUUGAAAUGGCAGCUUUUCUAGAGGUAGUUGGGUUGUGAAAUUUAUUAUAAGUACCUGUAGAAAAAUUACCUAGAGCAAUGAAGAGGACCAUGCAACAACAAACUUGACCAACCAAUGGCAUCCACUCUGGCAUCAGCUGUGGGAUGUGAACACAGACCACAUUGACAGGAGACGACUUCUUUCAUCACUGUGCCACACCCCUUUCUCUAACUAAAGAUAAAACAAAAGUAUAAAGUCUUGAUGUUAGCCUUCUGAAUUUACCAUGCAGAUAACUACUGGUAUCAGUACAUUUUAAGAUUAUUUGGAUUGUCUUUACAGGUGCAAGUGAAGGAGUUGUAGAUUUAGCCAAACGAAUUGAAAUCCUUGGUCAAGGGCAAGCAGUAGACUGGAAACAGGCUUAUAGAGAAGUGCAUACCUUCUACAAGGAUAUACUCAAAAUAAAGCUUAUAGAAGAACAAAAAGAAAAAGGUACAUAUUAUAAUAACAGGCAAACAAUGUGAUGAUGAUGAUGAUGGCGAUGAUAAUGUUUACAUUGAUGUUCCACCUUGAACAGUCAAUAACACUGCAGGUUUCAGUGAAGGAAAGUUUCAUCUAGAAAGGGAUAACAUUGCUUUUAGCAGGCUACAAGAGAUAUAUUUUAUUUUGAUUAGUACCGUUAAAAAAUACUAAAAAAUAUGCUGAGAUUCCCUUUUUUCUUGACAGAGCUAAAACAAAAACUAGCGGCGGCAAGACAACAAAAGAGGAAGCUAAGAUCAUCUGGUAAGAAAGUUGAUUUGAGUUAUUGUUACUGCGAUUUCGCGCAUGUAAACUUGAAAAUAUUAAAUUAACAGAAAAUAACGAAAAUUACCAUUCUUCACCACGGCCCAUAGAACAGGUUAGAGGAGAUUUUAAAGCUCUUUCUUUCUUGUAAUCGAGCGCCAUCGAGCGCCAUCAUUUUGAAAAGUAUCGCCCGCUGAAUUAAUCGACUGUGGGCUCAACUUUCGUGUUUAACCCAGUCUCCUACGCAGCUUUUUUUUCAUUGGGGGAGAAAUGAAUGCGUGACGAACGAACCCCACGGGACGUCUGCGAGGAGGCUAAAUAUGUAUAGAAUGGCUUCCGAAGUCAUUCCGUCGGGUGGCUAAAUUAAAAAGUAUAGUCAGUGCUCAAAAGAAUGCGAAUUUUGAUAAACGUGAAUUAAGCAGUGACGGAUCAUUUAAAAUAUGAAACACGAUAUUUUUUAGAUGCAACAAUAGCAUGGCGCGCACACCCCCUUGAAUCACAGUCCUAUUCUUCCCCUUCAAAUACCUUCACCAACUAAAGCUCCAAAGUUUAUUCAAUCUUUAUCCUAAUGGCGGCGUGAUUUGUUUUUCAGAGCUGCCUCCUAAGCCGUCAGAUAAAGAUGAUUCCAAGACUUUGAUAAGUGGAGUCGGUGGGUGAAUUUCUAUUUUGAGUAACGAAAUUUUCCAAGGUUAGCUCAGUUUGUUGUGAGGUAAUUUUGCGGGUGAGAGGAUUAGCCUUGGAUAUCAGCAUAGAAGGCGCAGUGCGAAUGUUCUGACUGUUCCGGCCAUCUUGGUUUCAAAUUCGAAUCAAAUGCAAUGGUGUGAAAGGGGGGGGGGGGAACGCCCUGGUUUCGAGGUUGGGAGUUUACCACAAUACCCAAAUAACCACGAUUCCUUCAAAUUACGCACUUCCUUUAAAAUAAUUUGACGAGUUUCGGGGUUUUCCCGAAAACUUGUCCCUCCGAAUUAAAGCCUUGUAAAGGCCCAGCUAAAGAAAAAAAACGGGGGUCUGAAAAAAGCGAAAGACGCCGGAGGGAGAGAAAGCGAAAGGCUAGAGACCUUUAACUUUUAAGUACCAAAAUAAGUUUCUUUGUAGCAAAAGAAAAAAAGGUUCUGACUUCCUGAACCUCGCAAAAAUAGAGAUUGUUAUACGCAUCAUGUGAAACGCAGGUGCCUCUUGUAUCUCAGCCGGUGUGUAUCUGGACUAGUUACCGGAAGGUCAUAGGUUGGUCAUGGUUCGGCUUCUGUUGGAAGAACGCGGAUUUUAUUUCCCAGUCGCAAGUGUCACCGACAGAAAAAAAUAAAGGGAUCCUUCUCUCAUUACACGAAUGUCGGGCACGUGCAUGUUGUGAGAAAAUAAAUUUUAGGGAGAAAAUGAACCUUUUGUUUUCGAAAAAAGAUAUCCUAAUGGUUUAAUACGGAAGGAAAUCGCGAUAAGCUAUUGACCCGGGCUAUUGAGAACGCUUCGUAAACAACCUGCGAAAUUUCUUUUCGAUUAUUAAAAUACUAUGCAGUGAUUUCUAAGUGAUUCGUUGUAUUGUAAAAAGUUUUCAUUGUUUUUGGUACGAAAGGAAAAUCAUAAACAAGCUGCCUCCUUAAUUAAACAUCAUUUAAUUGUGGUACCUUGUUUAAGACAAGACGCCUUAUUUUCUAAUCCUGUUUAAGAGGAGGACCCAAAUGUCGUACUCUUUUCUUUUUCUAAAAAUUUUUGUUCCAGUUUGUAUUAAACAGCGAGUUACUAAACUAAAAACAUACACAUACUUUUAAUUUUCUUCUAGCCGCGCUUCAGACCGUGCCGUUGAGUUUUCUUUUCCUCUACCCACCCCCCCUCGUUUAAGGUACACUAGUUACACAGGUUUAAAUCCGUGAUAAAAGAGAGUUAUCAGUUCUUAAAAAAAAACGUACUUUUCAAGUGGUUUAUCUGUAACUUGGUCUAGAACAGAGUAUUAUUUACAGGAAAACUCUCAUUUAAGGUAAAAACAAUUUAAAUAACAGAAGGCAAUUGAAGCUUGGCAGGAAAAGAACGGAAAUACAAAAGAAACACAGUUAACUGCGAUAAGGUUGUCUUCCUUCCCUUAUUCUUUUUUGUUGCCUGUCGCUCUUCCCCACCCCCCCCCCAAAAAAAAAAACACGCCUGAUCGCAGGUUUUCUAAACAACGCCACGUGGCCCGUCUGGGGUAGGGUAGGGAUAUCGGUCUUCUACCUACAGUAAUGAAGUUGCAGUAAGCAACUGGAGAUGGCUUAGGCCCUCUUCACGGUAGGGAGUUUUGCCUUACUAUGCGGCUGAAUGAACAAGAUCUGCAUUAGGGGUAAAGUGACAUUUCAUAGAUAACAACAACAGCCAAAAACCGUUUAUUAGGCCGUCGUCGGCCACUUUAUCUCUAGACCCUUGUAUGGCCUAGCGUUAAUACACUGUCUUUGUAAAAGGUUACAAAAUUUAAAAAGAAAAAAUGGCCAAUUUCUUAACAGCAACUAAAAUGUUACGGAACCGAGUAGAAAUUUUGUUACACUAUACUCAGAAGAACCAAGUUAGGAGCAUUUGUUAAACAAGCUUGUUUCAAGACAUGUUGAACGCUCCGCCGGUUUGGCAGACUUUGAUCAUUAAAUAGAAUUCUACGAUCAGUUUAAGUUGUUUACAUUAUUCUUACACUCUGGGUUACUUCCGGGGGUGGGUUAGAUAUUCCCAUUCAUGAGCUUUACGAGAUAUUCUGCUCGAAAGGGGUUUGUUUCUUAAACAGGCUACCGGUGUAGAACAAUUGGUAACCGGUUAUUUCGCCCCCAAGUCAUUUCGCCGCGGUUACUUAGCCCCGUAUUUUCGAGUCAUUUACCGCGCUUUAAAUGUAAUCAAGUUCCUCGUUCUUUAAACCAUGAACCAAAAAAAGCACGCUUCAAAUAUGAUAUUCCUCGUUCUAGAGAUGACUCGGGGGCGAAAUGACCGGUAACCGAACAAGUUAGCUAUUUUACGAGUUGAAUUAUAGAAAAGGAACUUGGAAAACUGCGACAUAACGGUCUUUUAAAGGACGUAAAGAUACACACCUGGCAGUUAAGGGUAAAAAUGUGAUAUAUGAGACGGGGACAUAUUGGUCGACAGGGGUGUAUAUAUGAGUAAGGGUUUGGACUCAACGCGGAGCAUCUGGCACGCACAAAACUUUUGCAGCUACCUCUCAAUCGGGGACAACGGGGAUUACUUAGACAUGCUACGAAGAUGGUGCAAACGCUUAUUGUUCGAAUGUUCGAACAGUUUUGUUCUACUGGCCCGCUUUCACGCACUUGUGUUUUUUGAGUCGUGUCAUUGCCAUUUAGCCUGCGAAUACAGCCGUUUCUCCUUGCUCCUCGCUGUUAGAGACGUCCAUGGCGGCGAGGAGCAAGAAGAAACGGCUGUAUUCGCAGGCUAGAUCCGAUUUUGCUGGUUGCAUUUUUCAGCGCUUUCCGUAUUUGCUUGCUUCGCCUUUUUUUCAGUUUGUCCAUUGUCGUCUCUCCCUGCCUUGCGCUUGGAGAUAGCAUUUGUCCUUCCAAAAAGUCGCUUCUCAAUUUUUUCAGCUUGGGAGAUGCUCAUAUUCCUGCACGUUGACUCGAUUAUUGCUACUCGAAACUGUCGCAAUCUGACGGAGUAGAUGACUGGAUUUAUCAAGGAAUUCAAAAGCGACACUGUCGCUGUUAAAACGAAUACUGUGUAUAAUGCGUUGAGUGAUAUUUCAUAACGAUACUUUGGUAAAGUCAUUCUUAAAAUGGCCAAAGGUGUAUAACAUAUUAACAACGUUCCUACAACUAUGGAAGUAAUGUUUAGUGCCUUUUUGUCUUUUUCAAAUUUUUCCCUCGCCUCUUUCGUAACUUGGUGAGCAGCAACAUGCCGCUCGUGUCGAUUGGUUUCGCGGUAUACUGAAAGAUGGCACAAAAUGGUGAAGGAAACUAUCACAAUCUGACAUGUAGUUUUCAUAGUGAAAUACAGAGAUUCCCCAAAAACAAUUGAAAUCUGAAGAAAUACGGCAAAAAGCCACGCCAAUGUUGAAGCAAACAGUAAAUGAGCAUCGGUGACGAUGGUGUCAUAGAUGAACGGGUGCUUAAUCGCCAGAUAACGCUCUGUGCUAAUUAAUGCCAAGUGGGUUAACGAAGCAGAAACCAGACAGCCCGUACAAUGUAUAAAAGCAUCAGUCAAUAUACAGAACCCGCUUUUGCUUCGUACGACUGUUGUUAUCAUUGCAAUGAAUGUUGGUUGAAGAAUCAAACCAACCAUGAGGUCGGUGCUCGCAAGUAAGGCCAGUAGGAUGUUGGACUUGUGAGCUCUCAGCCGAGGUUUCUUCUUCAUUGCGAUUAUUAACAGUGCAUUCAAGACAACGGUGAUGGGAGAGGCGAUCGCGUUAAUGACUGCACUGAAGAUAAUUACAGCUUGUGUUGUGUAGGAAGGCUGGUGAAGUAGCCCGCCUAUAGUAUGAAAUAUGCAUUCAGUCAGAACUGUCCCGUUAAUUGACGUACUAGAAUUCAUAUUUCAUUUUCUUUCUUCCUUUCACCUUCUCCGUGUGUGUAACAACGGUGGACUUGUUAAUGGUCGAUCUUUUUUUUUUAGUUUGCUUUUUCGUAAUUUUAGAAACACUCAAACGAGCCUUUUUUUGUUGUUAAUACUCAAGACUACUGCAAAGAUUUGUUUCGUCUAUGUUUUGCUUUGUGCUGAGCACAACACUCUAGUCACGUCAGUUGUACGACUAUGGUUUCCAUUUCAAUUGUACCUGUCGAUUCAGGUUUAGGUCCGUGAUAAAAAAAUGUUAUCAGUUCUUAAAAAAGAGCUUAGUUUUCAAGUGGUUUAUCUGUAACUUGGUCUAGAAUAGAGUAUUAUUUACAGGAAAAAGCUCUGAUUUAAGGUAAAAACAAUUUAAAUAACAUAGAAUGGGAAUUGAAGCUUGGCACGAAAAGAACGGAAAUACAAAGUAAACACAGUUAACUGCGAUAAGGUGGUCUUUGCUUCCCUUAUUCUUUUUCGUUGCCUGUCGCCCUUCCCCGAAAAAAAACACGCCUGAUCGCAGGUUAUAAACACAGCAGCUUCGUCGACAAUUUGUUUUCCAAACAACGUGGUCGUCUGGGUUAGGGUAGGGUUAUCGAUCUUCAGUCUACAGUGGAGUGGAAAAAGCAACUGAAGAGAGGGUCCCAAUAGGUUUUUCGGGAUACGUGGUUUCCCGUAUUUGAAGCUCGGGAUUCGGGAUUUAAAAGGAAAAUCAGGACGAGUUUCGGGAUUGAAAGUAUGCGCGGAAAGUGGGAUGCCAAAUAUAACCCUCGAGAUCACGGGAUUGCACGAUGGGUCGGGAGUAUGGGAUUGUAAAACCUUAUUGAGUACCCUCUGAAGAUGAUCUAGGCCAUCUUUACGGUAGUGGUUUUUGAGAUUUUAAUAUAUGCAACUGAACAAGAUCUGAAGAAAGAUUAGAGUCUUAAAAGAGUCUUAAGGAUUCUAUUCCCAGAAGUCUCGUAUAGCAAGGCCCUGGAAGAUGUGGGUAUAAAAACACUCUUUCAUCGACGCGAAGAAUCAUGUAGCACUCUGAUUAAACAAAUUGUAGAGAGCGAUGGCGAGCAUAAACUAGCUGGCCUGCUGCCCGCGCGAAACGACAAUGAGAGAUAUAAGUGUAGGAGUAGGCCUAUGUUUUCAAUUCCACGUGUAAAAACAAAGAGGUUUAGAAAUUCUUUUAUAAUGUACUAUGCAGAUAACCAACAAUUGUAAAUAGAACUUGUAUACUAGAUUUGAUGUAAUUUUAUCAUUAUAUAAUGUUUUUUUUCUUAUGAUAUAGUUAGGAAUUUUUUUAUGGUUAAAUUUUUAUCAACAUGUACAUAACACGAGUAAUUCAGAUUAUAGCUGCUAGUUGUGAUUUUGAAUAAACGAUUUAUAUAUCUCUCUAUCUAUCCGUGAUCUAGAGUGACAUUUCGUAGAUACCUACUAAACUGGGCCAAAAAACGUUUUCUGGUUUUCUUACGCCGUAGUAGGCCACUUAAUCUUUAGUCCCUUAUUUUGCCUAGCGUUAAUACACUGUGUUUAAAAUUACAAAAUAUGAAAAAGGAAAGAAGGAAAGAGGGCAACUACAAUGUUACACAACCGAGUAGAAAUUUUGAUACACUGACACACUAAACCCAGAAGAACCAUGUUAGGAACAUAAAAAUUCAUCAAAAUUUGACAAAAUAAACGACAUGGAAUCAGAGCGGUGAAUUUUGAAACAGCGUGAAGACGCCAUCGUCGUUGUCGUCGUUACUUAAGCCUUUAACAUUAACUAAUGAUUCGUUAAACAAGCUCGUUUUACAUGUUGAACACUCCGUUUGGCAUCAGUUUGACGAUCAACAUCGCAGUUGAUUCUUUCAAUAACGUCACAAAUUUAUGAUAUAGUUACUGUACUAACUUAAAUUUGAAGGAUCCCAUUUUGCUGGUUGCAUUUUUCAGCGUUGUCUGUGUUUGCUUGCUUCGCACUUUCAUCAGUUGUUCCUUUGUGGUCUUGUACUGCCUCACGUUUGGAGAUAGCAUUUGUCCUUCCAAAAAGUCGUUUCUCAAUUUGCUCGGCCUCGGUGACGUUUACAUUCCUGCAAAUCAACUCAAUAAUUGCUACGCGAAACUGUCGCAAUCUGACGGAGUAGAUGACCGGAUUUAUCAAGGAAUUCAAAAGCGCCACUGUCGCUGUCAAAAAGAACACUGUGUAUGCUGUGUUGAGUGAUAUUUCAUAACGAUACUUUGGUAAAGUCAUUCUUGAAACAGUUAAAGGUGUAUAACAUAUUAACAGCGUUCCUAGAACAAUGGAAGUAAUUUUUAAUGCCUUCUUGUCUUUUUCAAAUUUUUCCCUCGCCUCUUUCGUAACUUGGUGAGCAGCAACAUGCCGCUGGUGUCGAUUGGUUUCGCGGUAUACUGAAAGAUGGCACAAAAUGGUGAAGGAAACUAUCACAAUCUGACAUGUAGUUUUUAUAGUGAAAUACAGAGUUUCCCCAAAAACAAUUGAAAUCUGAAGAAAUACGGAAAGAAGCCACGCCAAUGUUGAAGCAAACAGUAAAUGAGCUUCGGUUACGAUAGUGUCGUAGAUGAACGGGUGCUUAAUCGCCAGAUAGCGCUCCAUGCUAAUAAAUGCCAAGUGGGUUAACGAAGCAGAAACCAGGCAGCCACCACAAUGUCUAAAAGCGUCAGUCAAUGUACAGAACCCGCUUUUGCUUUGUACGACUGUUGUUAUUAUUGCGAUGAAUGUUGGUUGAAGAAUCAAACCAACCAUGAGGUCGGUGGUCGCAAGUAAGGCCAGUAGGAUGUUGGACUUGUGAGCUCUCAGCCGAGGUUUCCUCUUCGCUGCGAUUAUUAACAGCGCAUUCAAGACAACGGUGAUGGGAGAGGCGAUAGCGUUAAUGACUGCACUGAAGACGAUUACAGCUUGUGUUGAGUAGGAAGGCUGGUGAAGUCGUCCGCCAAAGAUAGUAUGAAAUAUGCAUUCAGUCAGAACUGUCCCAUUAAUUGACGUACUAGAAUUCAUAUUUAGCUUUCUAUUCUUCCUUUUACCUUCUCGGUGUGUGUAACAACGGUGGACUUGUUAGAUGGUCGAUCUUUUUUUUUUUUAGUUUGCUUUUUCGUAAUGUUAGAAACACUCAAACGAGCCUUUUUUGUUGUUAAUACUCAAGACUACUGCAAAGAUUUGUUUCGUCUAUGUUUUGCUUUGUGGUGAGCACAACACUCUAGUCACGUCAGUUGUACGACUAUGGUUUCCAUUUCAAUUGUACCUGUCGAUUUAGGUCCGUGAUAAAAAGUGUUAUCAGUUCUUAAAAAAGAGCGUAGUUUUCAAAUGGUUUAUCUGUAACUUGGUCUAGAAUAGAGUAUUAUUUACAGGAAAAAGCUCUGAUUUAAGGUAAAAACAAUUUAAAUAACAUAGAAUGGGAACUGAAGCUUGGCAGGAAAAGAACGGAAAUACAAAGUAAACACAGUUAACUGCGAUAAGGUGGUCUUUGCUUCCCGUAUUCUUUUUCGUUGCCUGUCGCCCUUCCCCGAAAAAAACACGCCUGAUCGCAGCUUAUAAACACAGCAGCUUCGUCGACAAUUUGUUUUCCAAACAACGUGGUCGUCUGGGUUAGGUAGGGUAUCGAUCUUCAGUCUACAGUGGCGUGGAAAAAGCAACUGAAGAGAGGGCCCCAAUAGGUUUUUCGGGAUACGUGAUUUCCCGUAUUUGAAGCUCGGGAUUCGGGAUUUAAAAGGAAAAUCAGGACGAGUUUCGGGAUUGAAAGUAUGCGCGGGAAGUGGGAUGCGAAAUAUAACCCUCGGGAUCACGGGAUUGCACGAUGGGUCGGGAUUAUGGCAUUGUAAAACCUUAUUGAGUACCCUCUGAAGAUGGUCUCGGCCAUCUUUACGGUAGUGGUUUUUGAGAUUUUAAUAUAUGCAACUGAACAAGAUCUGAAUAAAGGUUAGAGUCUUAAAAGAGUCUUAAGGAUUCUAUUCCCAGAGGUCUCGUAUAGCAAGGCCCUGGAAGAUGCGGGCAUAAAAACACUCUUUCAUAGACGCGAGGAAUUAUGUAGCACUCUGUUUAAACAAAUUGUAGAGAGCGAUGGCGAGCAUAAACUAGCUGGCCUGCUGCCCGCGCGAAAUGACAAUGAGAGAUAUAACUUUAGGAAUAGGCGUAUGUUUUCAAUUCCACGUGUAAAAACAAAGAGGUGUAGAAAUUCUUUUAUAAUACACUAUGCAGAUAUAUAAUCAACAAUUGUAAAUAGAACUUUUAUAAUAGAAUUUAUGUAAUUUUAUCAUUAUAUAAUGUUUUUUUUUCUUAUGAUAUAGUUAGGAAUUCUUUUAAGGUUAAAUUUUUAUCAACGUGUACAUAACACAAGUAAUUCAGGUUAUAGCUGCCAGUUGUGAUUUUGAAUAAACGAUUUAUAUAUCUCUCUAUCUAUCUAUCUAGAGUGACAUUUCAUAGAUACCAACUAAACUGGGCCAAAAAACGUUUCCUGGUUUUCUUAGCCCUGAGUGGCCCACUUAAUCUUUAGUCCCUUAUUUUGCCUAGCUUUAAUACACUGUGUUUAAAAUUACAAAAUAUGAAAAAAGAAAGAAGGAAAGAGGCCAACUACAAUGUUACGCAACAGAGUAGAAAUUUUGAUACAGUGACACACUAAACCCAGAAGAACCAUGUUAGGAACAUAAAAAAUCAUCAAAAUUUGACAAAAUAAACGACAUGGAAUCAGAGCCAUGAAUUUUGAAACAGCGUGAAGACGCCAUCGUCGUUGUCGUCGCUGCUUAAGCCUUUAACAUUAACUAAUGAUUCGUUAAACAAGCUCGUUUUACAUGUUGAACACUCCGUUUGGCAUACUAUUGACGAUCAAUAUCGCAGUUGAUUCUUUCAAUAACGUCACAAAUUUAUGAUUUAGUUACGGUACUAACUUAAAUUUGAAGGAUCCCAUUUUGCUGGUUGCAUUUUUCAGCGUUGUCUGUGUUUGCUUGCUUCGCACUUUCUUCAGUUGGUCCUUUGUGGUCUUGUACUGCCUCACGUUUGGAGAUAGCAUUUGUCCUUCCAAAAAGUCGUUUCUCAAUUUGCUCGGCCUCGACGACGCUUACAUUCCUGCAAAUCAACUCAAUAAUUGCUACGCGAAACUGUCGCAAUCUGACGGAGUAGAUGACCGGAUUUAUAAAGGAAUUCAAAAGCGCCACUGUCGCGAAGAAAACGAACACUGUGUAUGCUGCGUUGAGUGAUAUUUCAUAACGAUACUUUGGUAAAGUCAUUCUUGAAACGGUUAAAGGUGUAUAACAUAUUAACAGCGUUCCUAGAACUAUGGAAGUAAUUUUUAGUGCCUUCUUGUCUUUUUCAAAUUUUUCCCUCGCCUCUUUCGUAACUUGGUGAGCAGCAACAUGCCGCUUGUGUCGAUUGGUUUCGCGGUAUACUGAAAGAUGGCACAAAAUGGUGAAGGAAACUAUCACGAUCUGACAUGUAGUUUUCAUAGUGAAAUACAGAGUUUUUCCAAAAAUAACUGAAAUCUGAAGAAAUAUGGAAAGAAGCCACGCCAAUGUUGAAGCAAACAGUAAAUGAGCUUCGGUUACGAUGGUGUCGUAGAUGAACGGGUGCUUAAUCGCCAGAUAGCGCUCCAUGCUAAUUAAUGCCAAGUGUGUUAACGAAGCAGAAACCAGACAGCCCCCACAAUGUCUAAAAGCGUCAGUCAAUGUACAGAACCCGCUUUUGCUUUGUACGACUGUUGUUAUUAUUGCGAUGAAUGUUGGUUGAAGAAUCAAACCAACCAUGAGGUCGGUGGUCGCAAGUAAGGCCAGUAGGAUGUUGGAUUUGUUAGCUCUUAGCCGAGGUUUCUUCUUCAUUGCGAUUAUUAACAGCGCAUUCAAGAUAACGGUGAUGGGAGAGGCGAUCGCGUUAAUGACUGCACUGAAGAUAAUUACAGCUUGUGUUGAGUAGGAAGGCUGGUGAAGUCGCCCACCAGAGAGAGUAUGAAAUAUGCAUUCAGUCAGAACUGUCCCGUUAAGUGACGUACUAGAAUUCAUAUUUAGCUUUCUAUUCUUCCUUUCACCUUCUCCGUGUGUGUAACAACAGUGGACUUGUUAGAUGGUCGAUCUUUUUUGUUUUAGUUUGCUUUUCCGUAAUUUUAGAAACACUCAAAUGAGCUUUUUUGUUGUUGAUAAUCAAGACCACUGCAGAGAUUUGUUUUGUCUAUGUUUUGCUUUGUUGUGAGCUCAAAACUCUUCUAGUCACGAUAGCUUUUACGACUAUGGUUUCGAUAGUUUAAUUGUACGGUAAAGGAGAACUUUUUGGCAGGGAAUCCCUAUCUAUUAGCGCUCAUUCUAUCGAUUUAGGGUUGAUUUCCACUGUCGCGUAAUUUUUCCGUGCGAACGCUCGUAAAUUUUACGCGCGUAAAUCAAAAUAGAAAGGGCGCGCGUUAACGUAAAAGUUUGGCGAGGUUCAACUUUUACGUUUACGCGUGACCUUCCAUACAUCGCCUCUAUUUUAUUUACCCGCGUAAAAUUUACGUGCACGGAGAAAAAUUGCGCGAAAGUGGAAAUCCACCUUCAAAGUAUGUCAUAAGUACACGCGGUCUUCAAACGAAAGGCCUGGGGCGAAUGUGAUGCUCCUGCCUUCGAGAGCCAAUUCUUCGCGGUCUUCAGUGUUGAGGUUUAAGUUUUACGGAAAAAAAGAAGCAACAACAACAACAGUCCAUGUAGAACGCUAAUUAUCGCGAAUAAUCUUGUGACAUUAAGUCACUUUAUCUGUAAGAUUUCCAUGACUCUGUGGUAUGUACUCGCUGCUUUUUAUAAAGUCGCGGCGUUUGCAUUUUUGAUCAGUGGAAAUGAGUAUGCAGCGGAGAUAACAUCCAUCUGCAUAUAAAACAACCAUUUAAGCCAAAACAGAACUAGUGCUUAGAGUUCCACAUUUUUUUUUAUUACGUAUUUUCCUUAGGGUUGAUUUGCAGUGUAGCGAGGGGGACCAUAGUUACUUUAUUGUAGGCUCUCUGUCGGAGACGGAAUAUUCAUCCAAUUUUGUUUUCAAGUUUUAUUAACUCGAAAGAAACUCAACAGGCGACCAAGCGCUCAUUGGACAUAAACGUUAUCUUUUGUUUCCUCCGUUUAGUCGACGUUCUCUGUACUCAUUCCAUUGAGAACGUUGGUCCUGCCCACUCGGCUGCCACCACUGAAUUGCGAGAGCAUGGAGACGAAUUUACUGCGGAAGAUUUUGAUGGCAAUGAUUUGACAGGUGGAAACUUAAAACUGCUGACCCGCAGUCUUAAGGCUCUGACACGUGAAGAUAAGCCGGAAGAACUAGACGUGGCUCUGGAUGUGAGGCCAACUUUAGUUCAGGCAUCUAAUCUCUUGGUAAGUAGGCAUUAGAUAAAUCGGGUAGAUGUAAUCACGGUAUCAUGAAAUUUUUGUUCUUGGGCCUUUGUAGCUUAAUUUUGAGGUAACUGUGGUUGUGUAGCAAAAACGGUCUUUGAUUUUGAUCAGAGUUCCCGGUGAGUACUUCUUGAACAGACCAGAGACCGAUGGUAGUAGUGUGGAUGUUGUUGUUUAUGAUAAUAAUAAUGAUGAUGAUGAUGAUGAUGAUGAUGAUGAUGAUGAUGAUGGUGGUGGUGGUGGUGGUGGUGGUGAUGAUGAUGAUGAUGAUGAUGAUGAUGAUGAUGAUGAUGAUGAUGGUGAUGAUGACAAUGAUGAUGAUGAUGAUGAUGAUGAUGAUGAUGAUGAUGAUGUUGAUCAUAAUGAUGUUAGUGAUAUCGAUGAUGACGAUGAUGAUGAUUGUGUUGUGUUGUGUUUUUUUAAUGCUAUUUAGUUCCUGAUUUUUUCCCUCUCCCUUCAAAGUUUCGGAGAAGUACUUUCAAUUACUAAUAGUUGUUCCUUUUGAUUUUAUUUCUUUACUUCUUUCUAUUUCAAAGGAAAAAGACGGAGAAACAAAUAAGCAUAGAUUCCGUUACUUGUCUCUGGCUGUUCAAGGUGUUUUCGCUGUCCGUAGGGUGCGAAGAUUACAGGUAACAAAACUAUACUUAGGGUACGUUAUUUGUUACUAGCACUACUUUGCGUGACAGAUAUCACAAUAAAAUACAGAUCCUAACCAUUAGCAAUUCAUAAACUUGUAAAACAGAGCCUAUUUAGUACAAUGAAGUACCCAUCCUUUCUGAAGGGCAGGGCUCACUGUGGGGAGGAGCUCUACUGAAAUAAUCUGCGCCAAAUUUGGGCUCUUGUCUGCGCAUGCGUCUUUAACAUCGCAAAGAGUUACUUCCUCACUGAAGUGAAUUUUUUGUGGACCAUUCUCUUAGUGAAUGUACUUGUCUUACUUUAGUCAUUAAAGGCAUAAGCAGUGUGUGGUGUGUAUUCCACAAGGCAAGGCGGACGCUUGUUUGUAGCGGGGCACUAUUUCGAGCAUUUACAGUACAUGCCAGGGGCGCCAGAAAAUAUGAACACCUUUGUGUAAGCGGAGCUAACCUCAUUUUGCAGUAACUGGGUUAAAGGUAUUUUGUGUAAUGCUUAUUCCUUUUUCAGGGACAUAUGGAUGCCAUUCUUUGCCUGCAGUUUGACAAGAGAAGAAUCAUAACAGGCUCUGCUGACCGCACAAUACGGUAGGCUCAACUUGAUCAACUUUGGCCUUAUAUAACAAGAACAACAAAAGAAUAGACACUUGUUAACUCGAUUACGCUCAGUCUCUUUCUUUAACUUUAUUCAUUAGCACGAGAAGAUGGUUGGCAGAUGAAUGGUCCGUUAGUGUUCAUAAAUUGCUUAAAUGUUAAUUUGAAAAGUGUAAAAUCAACAAUUUUCAAAUUAACAUUAAGUAAUUACGCUUCGCAGGAAUGGGAUUUUAAUCUUUGUAACCUUACAUGAAACUUAAACCCAUCUUACAUAAAAAGCUGUCUUUUCAAACCACGACGGUGAAUAGCCCAUUUUGGAUUUUACAGUUGCAGACUGAAACAAGGUUGGAGUUGACUAUAUUUUGAAACAACCCCUCCUACUGUCUCAUGCAAAUUAUGUUAAUUGUUCUUAUGCUAACUAGUAUUUUCAAGCAUAAUUUCCAUAAGCAAACAAAGGUGUUUUGUAUAAAAGCAAGGUCAACCUUAGCCCUUCAUUCACACGAAGGCAAGGAGACAAGCCAACAACUGUAAAAUGGUUAGCCUGCAGUGCAGGCGUAUUUUGGGCGGGCGAAAGCUGCUUGUUUAUGUUCGUACUUGUAACCGCAAUCUUUGUUAUGACGGAGGAAGAUUAGGGAGAGUAAAAAUAUUAACCCUAAGGGUAGGUGUUAGGGCGUAAGAAGGAAAGAGGGGAAGGGAAGAGGAGAAAAAAAAACGCCGUUUUCUCUUGUCACUCCCCGCCCCCUACCCCGCUCCUCUAGACUCGCCCCAUUUUCUCCCCUCUUUUCGAGUUUCAACAUGCGAUUUCGCGAGCAAAACAUUCGCGCGCGCGAAGAAAACGCCUGCACUGCAGGCUAUAAAAUGGUCUAUUACCAAACAAGGAGUAAAGGAGCAUAACCUUUGCUAUCUGUGGAUUGACGAAAGGAGACCCUUACACAAUAUAAUUGCUUCUAAUACACCACAUUAUAUUUUUGCGCUGGUGGUAAAAAGUAUCAGAGAGGUGCGGUGUUUAAGGGUCUGGUCAAUUUUUUUCCUUUUAUUUGUCAGAGUAUGGGAUGUUAGAAGCGGACGUAGCAUUCACAAGCUCAAAGGGCACAAGGUAGUUAAUUAUUAUUUUUUCUCCAAUUUCCGGGGUUACAGUAUUAUUUUGCCUUUCCUUAUGAAAAGGAACUUUGUACAAGUGUGGUAGCGUGGGAUCGUUGUUUUCUGCGCAAUUGCUUAUGAGAUUGUUUGGGACGGGCGCGCAUGCGUCAAUAACAAAACAGCUUUUCAUAAUACUGGGACAUUUCUCUCUCACUUAGGCCUGGGUCAGGGUGUGUGACAUUUUAAGGCUAUUUACAAAUGCAUUUUUCGCGCCGAAAAAGUGGAAGAAAGUUUAACUGGUUGAAGAACGUUUUGAAGAAGGUAGGCAGCCAUAUCGAAAAAAAUCGAAAACUACAUUGAAAGUUUAAACGUGCUGUGGCACUUACUAGUCGCCGAUGGGUGCCCAGGGAUGAUGAAGUCUUGACAAAACGUCACACUGGAGGAGUUUUUGAAACGAUAUGUGCACAAAGUCGGUGGAGUAAUUCAAGAUGGUCGCCCGAAGUUCCUGUCCUUUCAGACCAUAAAGCCCUGCGCGCUCUUUCUAGAUCCCAGGCUAUCACUUUUCUUGUAGGAGAGCGUGUAUUAGAGUAGUUUGACGCAUCACUCCUUAGUUUAAUGUUUUGAAGCUAUGAACACAGCUCUGAUUAUUUGCAGGGUGGAGUGAGGUGCCUUCAGUUUGACAAUGAGAAGAUAAUCAGCGGAUCAUGGGAUAUGACUGUUAUGGUUCGUAUUUAACUUCGCUUCGCUGUAGUAAAGCUUUUUGGGAGGGUGGUGGGGAGGGGGGGUCUGUACACAGGCUAUAAGAGGAUUGAAGGCACUGGUAAUAAGUUUUCUUUCAUAUUGUAUGCGUGCAAUCAUUAUGCAUACACAAAGUUUUCAUAGGCUCCUCCAUGCACGAAACACUUACGCAAUGGGCGCAUUCAUUGCUAUUUGCUGUUGAUAAACGUGCAGACUGUUCACAGUCCCUUAUUUUCUCCUAAGAUGGUCGAGAUAGAGCGCUUUGCGGUACGGGCAGCCAUCUUGGAUUAGCGUCCUCCGCCCCCUAAGUAGAUUUGACACUCAUUCAAGAUGGCUGCCAGUAACGCCAAGCACUCGGUCUCGACGAUCUUACGGAAAAAUAGGGGACUGAGAGCAGUCUAAAAAACGUGUGUUUGAUAUAUUAUUAGCCUGAGAAGUGGUCCGCUUGUGCGAAUUCGAUGAAGAGUUUGAGAAGAAUGGGCCCCCAUUCUUCCGCGUGCUGGUGGCUUCGACGCCAAAAAUUUCUCCAAACUCAGGCCAAAGCGAGCCUGCUCACAGGCUAGACGGUAUAUUUUGUUUUUAUGUGAACUUGUAAGUCAGGAAUAACGAACUACAGUGUACCACAUACCUUUUAAUUCUCAUUAUUUCCCAUUGCAGGUGUGGCACAUCGUAAAAUUUCACCGAAUCAAGGUGCUUUAUGGUCAUUCAGGAUGUGUGUCUUGUUUACAAUUUAACGACGACAUUUUGUAAGUGUGGUACCCUCCCUGAUCGAAACUUGAGCCUUGUAGAAUUGCUUAAUCUGUAAAUCUUUAAGUAACAGGAUCAGCCCAUUUCUCGAAAGGCCCAGUGUCACCACUGAACUAGCCUGUGUCGCAGGAGCUUGUAAGUAAUGUGGGCGGAAGAAAGAUUGGGACGCGCGAGGGGGACACGCGUGCUCUCCUCGCGCGCCUCGUUCCUUCUUCCGUUCAUAUUACUUACAGGGGCGUAGCCAGCUCUUUGACUAGUUGUAGACCCGGCUGACUUUCAUUUCCACAUAUCUUGCAAAUUGCACGCAUGACUAGUACGCACUAACCUCACCAACGCUUUGAGCUCUUAAGCUUUUUAGCUCACCCCAACAACGCAUAAUUCAUUACAAGCGGUAGAGUGAUCAAACCAAGGAUUUGUAGGCCCAGGCCUACAGGUCUAUGGGCUGGCUACGCCCGUGACUUACAAGCGCCUGCUAAGCAGGCUACGACUAAACAUUUCUCUUUUCCCCGUGUGCUUUUUCUAUGUGACUAAUCAGAACUCGCUUAUAUCUCAGUUAUUUUAUAUAUUUGUAGCCUCAAAAUAUGUAUUGGUUAAAAAACGCUUCUGAAAAACAACUUAUUUGCUUUUAGAGUUACCGGGUCACAUGACCGUACCAUAAGGAUUUGGAGUACAGCCACGUGGGAAUGUGAAAGCGUUAUUGAAGGACACGAAGGUGCGAAAUAAUUAGUAAACUGAAGGACAGCGACGAGUCAAAUAAGAAUAUGCUGUAAAUAAGAGGUUGUUGUCGUUUAAACUGACAGUGGUUUCGAUAUUUAGGUGCAGUCACGUGUCUUCAGUUCAAUGAAGAGUAUAUAAUUAGUGGCUCUAUGGAUAGGUAAGGAAUAUUUUAUCAACCCCGCCCCCUCCCUCCAAACUCCUUUGCGGCGCCAGUGUUGUCCAGUACUUGAGAAGAAAGACUACAACUGAACUUGUAACAAUUUUAGUGCACGAAAUAUGAAUUAGCCAAACAUAGGGUAUCAAAGAAGAGGCAAGCCUGGGGAUAGAAUCCUCUGUCAGUGUAAUAGUGAAAUCAGAAUAAGUGCUCGUCGGCCCUUUAAACCACAGCACUGUUACUCUUUUUCUCUGGAGACAUGUUUGGUGCCAUUUUAAAAAAACACUUUUCAACUCAAGUUUGAUUUCGCUUCGUGAGAGGUUGAAAUUACGGCUACUUUCGUAUUUUGUUUGCGCCAUAGCAGCAGUUAAACCCAAACACAACCUUGGCUAGCACUAUGUUCGUUAGCCUGCGAAAAUAGCUGUUUCUCCCAGCGAAACAUCUCAAGCGGCGAGGAGCGAGGAGAAACGGCUGUUUUCGAAGGCUUAAUGUUCGUCCACGAAUUGCCAAAAUUGCAGUCUAAUAGAGAUUUUUUGGUCUCUUUGUGUCGUAGGACACUAAGACUUUGGAGUCUAGAAACGCGAGAGUGUCUUCAAACAUUUGUAGGACAUAAGGAUGCCGUUCUAACCUUAAAGGUAGGGGCCAAACCAAGAUGAUGAAUUUAGUUAGCUGAUUCAUGACACGAUCCCCAGUCUCUUAGUUUGAAGGUUAAAGCGGGGACAGCGUUCGCCGGCCGAACGCAAAAAGAGAGGGGUUUUUCCCAACCAGAACGGCGUUUGUCCAAGGUGAGUUGGGCCAAAGUUUUUGCCGAAGGACAAUCCGCUUUACUCUUCUUGCAAAUAAAACCAUCCGUCCACCUUAUAGCUCAAAUGUAUUUCUUUUGCGUCCUUCCUUAUAUUUUAGCUGUUAUUUUGAUGUUUUUUUUAGAUUGUUUAUGGCUAUUAGAUAAGCCAGCUUUCUUGUUAAGGUGAUCUGUAUAAUUUUGUCUCAGGUGCUUGGUAACCUGGUGUUUAGUGGUUCCGCGGACGGCAUGAUCUUUUUCUGGGACCUGGAAACUGGAGAAUGCCAGGUUGCUAUUCAGGCUCACGAGGGUCCAGUCCACUCGCUUGCUUACAACGAAUAUCAACAUUUCUUCUCAUCAGGAGGGUAAGCCAACCCAUAAGAAGAAAUUUUUGUUAAUACAUUCUCCCUUUUAAAUCCUUAUCUAUAUUUAGCUUGUGGGCAUUCACCCCCUCCCCUAAGGGGCAGGGGGAGGUUGGACACAGGCUACCUUAUAUUUUGACUACUGGGUAACCUGUACACCAUAUGAAUGGACUUUCAUAUCUCGAACUUGGGCGGCCUGCGUCUAAAGUACCUCUAGUUACUCUGUGUGCAUUUUUUUUAUAAACAGGGACCAUUUAUUGAAGGAGUGGGACAUUAGCACGUGUACGUGCCUGAGAUCCUUACAGGGACAUAGAGGCCCAGUUUUCUGUGUUAAGGUACGUCAAUGUUUUUCGCAGACUGUCUAUUUUCUCUUAAAUAAUAGGCUCCUGAUUUUAUAGCACUUUUUCCCGCGAUAAUAGAAGCUCCGCUCCGUCUAUCAGUGCAUUCGAAGUAUAUCAAAAGGAAAACUAAACGUCAUUAAAAGGUCGCCAAUACCAUUUUUCAGUUCUGCGGGUUUUGCGCAUUGGCUCGUGGGUCUAAAUUCGCGCCAAAAUCGUUCUAAAAACAAACUCUUCUGUGGAACCGCCGUGGCAUGAGUAGUUAGACGUUGCUCUCUCUCCCAGUAACGUCUUUUGGUCUCCCUUGCUGUUAGGAUUAAACGUUCUCAAAACAUGUUGUCUCAGCGUAUUACUGCCACUGUAGCGGUUGCAGUUUGUAGUAGCUGCAGACUCCUAUCCUCGAUCACAAGAGACUAACUUGAUACUAUUUCUCUUCUUUUCCAGGCCCUCCCACAAAGAGUGGUCUCAUGUUCUGCUGAUGGUUUCACAAGGAUCUGGGACCUAGAUUUCCCGGAUGCUAAGGUGAGUAGCCUAACAUGAUUGUGUACGCGUUGAGUUAAUAGGGAAGCUUAAGCAGCAACGUUUUGUGCGACGUACUUCAACCAGAGGUGAGCUGUUUUUCUCUUUUAUAAUGCCUUGACGCCACCAAAUUUGUAUGGCUAAGGUUCUUUACUCAUUUAGGGACGAUUUGCUCAAACGUUUGUUCAAAAUCACGGCUCAAGUGUGCAAAAAGUCCACUUCUGGUUGGCAUGCGUCGCUCAAAAACGUCGCUGCUUAACUUCCCUACUAGUCACAAACGACUGAAGCCCCUUCUUUUGUCUCUUUAGGGUCAAAGCAAGAACAUUGCGGUAGAAGAAAACGUUAUCACGCCGCACACAAUUCAACAAAGUGCACCAAAAAAAUGA